ACAAAUCCUCUGUUCAUACAUUCAGAGGCGUCUGGAGCCAUGCCACUGAGAAAGAGUAAAGAUAAAGAGCUUCAGCCAGCCCAUGCUGAACAUGCAAAUGACAGUCCACUCCACUCCGAGGGUGAAAAUGAUCCCAUUACUUUUCUUCCAAUGUCACCUUUGGUAGAACGGUCCUAUGAGAAUCUAGUAUUUAAAGAGAAAGAGGCAGAUCGUGAGGGUGACUUUGCUAAGUCAAGUAAUAUGUUUAGAGGGCAAAGACAACACCAAUUGAUGGAGGCUGCUACUCCUGUUGCAGACCAUGGCCAUCAACCUCAGCAUAAGUAUAUUCUGCUAGCUAGGAAAGGAAAUGUGGGUCCUCGUCAUCAACCUUGUCCAAGGGACUUUUUCCAGCCACAAGUUCCUCCAGCCCAGCCGGAACAGCGUGGUCUGCAGAAUCAACCAACUCAAUUCUUCAAUAGAGACCAUGGGCUAGCCUUGAGGCCAUUGGAAAAGAUUGAUAAGGACAUGUUGAGAUUUCCAAACAAAGCGAAGGAGACCAUGGAAGUAGAUGCAGACCCUUUUCCAGCUAUGUCUGUCGGCGUGAGUGUUGCAGAACUCAGGAGUGUUGUCAGAAAUCAUAGUCUGCCUUAUGCUCAAAGGAACCUUGCUGCAGAAGACUUGAGGUGGGUGCUUGAGGCAAAGAGAUCCAGACAUAGCAGGAGCGUCAGGUCACCUUCCAGACGGUGGGAGAAAGUCAGUCAUCCCAAGUUUCCAGCCCAAAAUCCCAGAACCUUGAGGCGCAGACUGCAGCGCAAGAGGGCUGAAGAGCGAAAAAGGCACCAGAAGCAGGUGGAGGCUGAGGGAAGUUCAUCUCGCAGACCACACCAACCUACCAAAAGGAAUAUGAUUUGGGUGAGAAAAGAGAAAAAGGAGGCUGUAACCCAAACUCUACAGAAGAAGGAUGACCAAUCUUCAGCCUCUCCAAAGGUGGCGUCUGUCAUUGUGAGUCCAGACGGAGUUUUGAAAGCAACUUUUGAAGCACAAGAACAGUCUGGGAAUCAUGGAGCUGAAUCAAAAGAAGAUGGCACUAUUCAUUUUGGGGAAUUCUCAGUGAAUUUGUCAUGUCUGGUGCUGACAUUACCCUUGAUUUUCCAAGCCAAGAAAGAGGAGGAACCAAUCGUAUGUGAGUUCCCAGAACAGACUGAAGAAGAGGUAAUUGUUGUUCCAGCUCAGGACGAUGAAGAGGAGGACAUGGCUGACAAAAUUGUGUUUGAAAAACCAGAAGAAAAGAUGGCCAGACACAUUAGGCCACUUUAUAUCAAAGCUCACAUGGAUGGGACUCCAAUCAGCCGUGUCUUGGUGGAUAAUGGAGCUGCAAUCAAUGUCCUUCCAACUUGCAUGCUCUACAAAAUAGGCAAAUCUCUUGCUGAUUUAGUGCAUACUGAGGUUACAAUUAGUGAUUUUACAGGAGGGGUGAAUCAUUCAAGGGGUGUGUUGCCUGUUGAAUUAACAGUGGGAAAUAGGACACCGAUGUCUGCGUUUUUUGUGGUGGAUACUGUUGCUACUUAUAAUGCACUUUUGGGGUGUGAUUGGAUUCAUUCAAGUCGGUGUGUCCCUUCUUCAUUUCACCAGAAACUGAUUUUCUGGAAUGGUGGCAAGGCUGAGGUCGUGUCUGCAGAUGAUAAGCCUUUUUCAGCCAACACUCACCUGGUGGAGGCUAGAUAUUAUGAAGAAGACAUUGUUUUGAAGCAAUUGUCUGGUGAGUACAAAUGUACUAGCCUUGCUUUAGCCCCUUAUUUUGCCUUGGCUGUGCAAUUGCUGGAAGAAUUUGAUGACGUGUCCAUCAGACAUGUGCCCAGAGACCGGAACUAUGAAGCUAAUGAAAUGGCCCAGAUUGCUUCAGGUCUGCGAAUUCCUGAAGGUGUAAUGCAGAAAGUUAUAAUAGUUGAAAAACGCAGUCUGCCAUCAAUUCAUCAACGUGGCAUGACUAUCUCCACUUGCAGCAUUGAUGCUACCCAGACGGACUGGCGCUUUCCAAUUAUUCAGUACUUUAAGGAUCAAAGCACUAAGGUAUCUAGGAAAACCAAAAUGCAAGCUCUCAAUUAUGUUUUGAUUGAGGAUGUACUUUAUAGGAGAGGCCAUAAUGAACUACUGCUGCGUUGUCUGGGUCCAGAUGAAAGUUUCCAGAUGCUGUCUGAUGUUCAUGAUGGGAUUUGUGGUGCACACCAGGCUGGGAUCAAAAUGCGUUGGCUGAUUCGCAGACAUGGCUUCUUCUGGCCGUCUGUCUUAAAAGAUUGUAUUGCUUAUGCUAAGAGCUGCAAAUCUUGUCAGAUCCAUGGGCCACUUCAAAGAGUUCCAGCCUCUGAACUUAACUCUAUUGUGAAACCAUGGCCAUUUCGAGGCUGGGCUAUUGACUUAAUUGGUAAGGUGUAUCCCCCUUCAUCAAAAGGUCAUUCAUUUAUUAUAGUGGCAACGAAUUAUUUUAUCAAAUGGGUGGAGGCUAAACCAAUGAAGAAGGUAGACCAAUCUGAUGUAAUCAAGUUCAUCAAAGAGGACAUUAUUCACAGAUUUGGUCUGCCAGAAACAAUUACAACAGACCAAGGCACAGUUUUUGUCAACCAUCAAGUGGAGGCAUUUGUAAAGGAAAUGGGUUUCCGUCUGUUAAAUUCUACUCCUUAUUAUGCACAAGCUAAUGGGCAGGCGGAGGCCUCUAACAAGGUGGUGAUUAAUUUGCUUGAAAAAAUGGUGGAUGACAAUCCCAGACGCUGGCAUGAAUUAUUGUCUGAAACAUUGUGGGCUUAUAGAACUUCACAAAGGAGUUCAACCAAAAUGACACCUUUUGCCUUGACAUAUGGCCAUGACGCAGUCUUGCCAAUGGAGCUAACAGCCAGGUCUUUAAGGGUGUUGAUUCAACAUAAUCUCCAGUAUGGGGAAUAUGAUGAGGCCAUGAUGCUUGAGCUUGAAGACCUUGAAGACUCACGAUUGACAGCCUUGGAUAGAUUGCAAGCUCAAAAACUCAAAAUUGCAAAAUCUUACAACAAGAGAGUAAAAAGUAAAAAUCUGGCGGUUGGUGACUUGGUCUGGAAAGCAAUUUUACCUCUUGGCAAGAAAGAUCACAGAUUUGGGAAAUGGUCUCCAAAUUGGGAAGGACCAUUUCUAAUUCAUGAAGUGUUGAGAAGGGGUGAUUAUUGGUUGGAGUCACUUGAUGGAGAGCUUCAUCUCAGAAAAAUCAAUGGAAUUUAUCUCAAGCCUUAUUACCCGACAGUCUGGGAGGCAAGAGGCUUAGAGUCCCAAGAAGCUGUCUGAGCCAGGUUCGUACUUUUGUCUAUGCAUAAAUAAGUUGAUUUGCUUUCA